AUGAAUACCACCCUACAUCCUAAUAGGGAUCUACUCGAUCCGGAAUUCCAAUCAUACAAGCUUUCUCUUCAAAAGGGUUUCAUAAUUACAACGUUAGAUAAUGACGGGAUUGAUCUAAAAUCCCUUCCGCAAGAUAAUUUUUCGAAGUUAAAUAUUUGCCUUUCUUCUCUACAUAAUUGUCUGUUUCAAGAUAGACUUAACCCAUGCCAUCUUUACUAUCGAACUUCGACAGGAAAGAUCAAAGCCUUGGCAAUUUCUUCACGAAAAGAAGCCUUUUCUAGUGGUGAAACAGUUUUCACUAUUCCGAGCGAGGAAUAUUCAGAUUCAUCCGUAAUCUACAAUACAUCGCUUAUUUGCUUGCGUGAUUAUGCAUUGUUGUGUACUGGUUCGGAUCAUGUUUAUUUGUUACAUACUGGAGAUAGAUCGUCUGAUGUUCUCUCAUCAUGGAAAGUCGUUUAUGAGCAACAAGUUGAUCUGCUUUCUAAAUCCGGCUAUCUUGUUGAUGCCGUUACAACUCGUACGUGUGAUGGCAAACUACAAAUUGACUACAUUCUCCUUUCCGUAUACAAAUCUGAUGACGAAAUGUCGAAAACUUAUUUGGAUUGGUUUACUAUUUCCGGAACCGAGGAAACUUGGAGCCAAACAAGACACAGACGCCUUUGCUGCGUCACUUUUCCUGACCAUGUGGCUUUUGAAGGACAUGCUGAAUCACUAACCGUUCGUUCUACCAAACCUCUUAUUCCUCUUCUGGAUACGUCUAAUUCCGAUAUUAAACCACCUUCUGCUAAACCUCAAACUUCUAUUGAGACCAUAAAAUCUGAAGAUAACAGCCAAGAUGUUACUUUUACAUGGAUGCAAUCCCUUCCUUCUCUAUCGGAAGGAGAUUGUAGCCUUAUAAACAUUCUCGUGAAGCUUAGCGAUCAACACAAGAUCAGUGACCCCAAAUGUGGUGUUUAUGUUGUCUGUAAUCCAUGCGAAGAAAUUGAAGAGGAUCUUAAUUCAUGCCGACUCGAUCUUUCAAUUAAAACUGAUGCAGGUGAUGUUAAGCUUUGUUCUGCUCGGUUGUUUGCUCCGGUAAAAGCUAGUGGUACAAUGUGGACUUAUGAUCGUGAGACGAAUAGUAUUGAUAUCACACUAGUUAAAGAAGAACCAGGUACCUGGCCUCAUCUCCUUGCAAAUCCUGAUGAAGAAAAACGCCUUGGCUUAAAAUAUGAUGAAGAAUCUUUGCCCACCGUUUCUAACAUUGUUACUGAUGAACCGAUGCAGAGCUGCUUCAAUGUUGAACAAUUGGAGGAUGUUGACAUGAUCCAUGACAAUGAUGAUGAUGAUUCGAUAUUGCAGCGCAUCGACGGGACUACACUGAAAGCUGUUGUUAGAGCUGAAAUGUUCGGUCACCAGAAGCUCUAUACAGCCCUUACUCGUACUGAUUUCGACUCCCCUGAUCUUUGUUCUCAUAUUCUCUGUACUCGCCACGACGUUGAUGGUCUUCUUUGGGCUCCGGAGACCUCUUCGACAUCCUGGUCUCACGUAGCAACUCUUCAAGCCUUCGGUUAUGUUCUAGCCAGCAAGCAGAACCGUCGUUUUGUCGCUUCACCCCCUAUUGACCUAUCUCAGUUCCCCUGUACGCCACAAUUCGUCGCUGUUUCGGACAUCACUCGCCAUAUCUAUGUGUACUGGCAACCAGCAGCGAGUGCUCUCACCGAACUACGGCACAGAAAAUCCGACGGGGACUCGAGCUCAAGUUCAACAGGGUCGAAGGUGGUUCACGUUGCCCGUCAACAGGUUGUUGCUCUGCCAGAUAAUGAUGAGAUAAUUGGAUUUGCUGCAGCUGCGGAACCCUAUGCGUCGUGUGUUGUAGCGACGAGACGGUCUCUGUUUCUAGUCUGUUUGGAUGAAGGGGAGGAGUAG